AGAUUUGGUGGUCCACACUUGAAGCCUCAGGGACUUGGCAGGUUGAGCCAGGAGAAUUCCAACUUAAAGGCCUUUCUGGGCUACAGAGUGGGUUCAAGUCUAGCCUUGGCAACCAAGUGAGAUCUUCUCCCAAAAUAAAAAGUCAAAACACAGGGCUUGGGUUGUAAAUUAACAGCAGAGACCUAGCAUGUGCAAGGUCCUGGGUUCAAAUCCUAGGGCCACAAAAUACACAGACAGCAUGCCUGUAACAAACAGCCCAGCAAAAUGGUGCACACACACCUUUAAUUUCAGCACGUGGGAAGAAGAAGCAAGCAGACCUCUGAGUUCAAGCCCAGCCUGGCCUAUACUGUGAGUUCCAGGAAAUAUGGGGCUAGGGCUAUACAGAAAGACCCUUUCUCAAAAACAAACAAACAAAAUGAAACAAAACCACACUGACUUUAAGGCGACCCUCCCUUGAGAAGUCCACAUCAUGCCUUCGCUGUGUGCUUUUCUGUUCCAGCCCAAACUUGUCCUCUGCCCUGCCCCCUACAUAGGCUACUGUCCUUCAGAAACUCGGUAACUUUGCUCGUUUUCUCAAAACCACCAUUCUCUUGAGAGUUGAGACAAGAAAAAAGAUGAGACAGAAAAUACAGAUAAGUGGGUAGUCACCUGUGAUCAGAAUGGAACUGGAGAUGUUUGCUGACACCGCAAAUAGGAAUGUUCCACCAGCAGUGGGCGUAUGGUUCAGAUCCCCGCCCCCCCCACGCCGAGUCCCUGAGACACCGGCUCUUUCCUGUGUCUCCUUCAGUGGCUUUUCUGGGUUCUAGACCUCAUGUUCAUUCAAGCAGGAGAACAGCCAGGGUUCUGGAGCUUUCCUAGACUGAGGAGUCCAUCUUCAGUUAAACUCUUAGGGGAGGGAGCCAGGUGCUGUGCAGGAAGAGUGGCGUCUGGACCGCUUGUUCUGAGACUCGCGCAUCAGUAGGAGCUAUUCUGGUUUUGUUGGUUUUUUUUGGGGGGGGGGGUUGUUUCAAGAAAGGGAGUUUUUUUUUCUGUGUAGCCCUGGCUGUCCUUGAAUUCACUCUGUAGACCAGGCUGGCCUCACAGAGAUCCGCUUGCCUCUGCCUCUCAAGUGCUGGAAUUAAAGGUGUGCGCCACCACCGACCACAAUCAAUCAAUCAAUCAUUUAUUUAUUUAUUUAUUUAUUUAUUUAUUUAUUUAUUUAUUUUUAAGUAAUUCAAGAGAAGGUCCCAUGUCUUUAAUCCCAGGACUCUGGGUAGGCAGAUUUCUCAGGGUUUGAGGUCUACAGAGUGAGUUCUAGGACAGCCAGAGCUAUAUACUGAAUCCCUGUCUCUGAAACAAAACAAACAAGAAAUCAGCUCAAGGUCUGUGGCGAAUCUGCUGCAGCCAAUAAAGAGUUCCUCUGGAGGAUGGCGUAAGAAAGCCUCAGUCGCUGGUAAACGGACGUUGGGAACGGCCUCUGUCUCGGCGCGGAGAGAACCCAGGACUUGCUGAGCCUCCUGAGUGCUGGAACUACGUGUGCGGGAAAGAUGCUGUAGGAAGGAGUUGCCUUCAGUGUUUCUGACUCCCAGUUGUAAGCAGAUUUCAGCAUCGGGUCCGAGUGAGACUGAAUUGUGUCAGAACAUGAGUGACUGGGUGCCCAUAGCCAAGGAAUAUGACCCGCUUAAAGCUGGCAGCAUCGACGGCACAGAUGAAGACCCACAUGACCGGGCUGUGUGGAGGGCCAUGCUGGCCCGCUACGUACCCAACAAAGGCGUUACUGGAGACCCCCUUCUUACCCUGUUUGUGGCACGACUCAACCUGCAGACCAAAGAGGAAAAGUUAAAGGAAGUCUUCUCCCGCUACGGUGACAUCCGGCGGCUGCGGCUGGUUCGGGAUCUAGUGACCGGCUUUUCCAAGGGCUACGCCUUCAUCGAGUACAAGGAGGAGCGGGCCCUGCUGAAGGCCUACCGGGAUGCCGAUGGCUUGGUCAUUGACCAGCACGAGAUAUUCGUGGACUAUGAGCUAGAGCGCACCCUCCGUGGUUGGAUCCCUCGGCGACUGGGUGGAGGGCUGGGUGGGAAAAAGGAAUCUGGGCAGCUGAGGUUCGGGGGCCGGGAUCGGCCUUUCCGAAAGCCCAUCAACUUGCCCGCUGUCAAGAAUGAGCCGUAUAGAGAAGGGAAAAGAGAAAGGAGAGAGCGAUCUCGAUCCCGGGACAGACACUGGGACCCCAGGCCCCGGGAGCGGGACCAUGACAGGGGCCGAGAGAAACGCUGGCAAGAGAGGGAAAUGGCCAGGGUGUGGCCUGAGAAUGAUUGGGAAAGAGAGAGGGAGUUCAGGGAGGACAGGGCUAAAGGCAGGGACAAGAGGGACAGAAGUAAGUAAAGCCAAUGGCAGGCCACGGAAGCCUACCCAGAGGCCCGGGCCACCAUCAGACUGGGGCAGCUCCCUUUCCAGCCCUGAACCCAGGCUCACGCAGACCUAAGAGAGGCUGUGCUUCUGCAGUAUUGAGGCUUGAACUGGAGAGCUUGAGUGUGCCAGGCAGGUGCCGCACUGCGGGGCACAGAUGGGAGGGAAACCGCCUGAGAAAUCACCUGUCUGGUGCUUGAACAUGCUUGUCAGCCCAGCUUCCGGAAACGGAGGCCAGAGUAAAGGUGGUAACAAAGAAUCUGUCUUCUUCUUCUCACAGCCUUUGAGGUGGGGUUCAAUGUGGCAGAGGGGAUAGUGGUUUACAGCCCUUAAAUAGCCUGGCGUGGUGGCACACACCCUCAUCCUAGCACUGGUGAGGCUGAGGCAGGAGGAUUGUAAGUUUGAAGCCAACCUAAGUUACAAGAUAAGACCUCCACCUCCAUAACCUACAAGAAUUAGAUGUAACCCUGACAAUGACCCCUGGGAGGCAGGGUCUUCCCAUCUUCAUGUUCAAAGGUUGCUGAAUUGAAAUAAAAACAGACUAGAAAAGCCAAUUUCAAGAAUUGUCCAGCAGGCUGAGCAUCUGGGUUGGCAGACAGCUGCUCUCAAAUCAGCACAACCCCUUCCCUACUAAAAUGCUAACUGCCUGCUUUCGCCUGGGGCAUUUACAAGGAAAGGCAGCCUAGCAGGGCUGUGAUCUGUGGCCGACUUUCAGCCACUGGAAAGAAACCUCAACAGCAGUGAGGUGAAAGAAUGGGAGGACAUGGUCCUAGACAGCCUGGAGCUGGGCUGAAGGGUCAGCGGUCCCUUUUUCUGACUAUCUGCAUUCCGGUUUGCUGGGCAGCAGGGGUUCUGUGAACUUGAAGUGAAUUAAAGACUGUUCUCAAGACUUAAAGAAAAACGACAGUCAGCUGGGUGUGGUGGGUGCUCCCGGCACUUGGGAGGCAGGUGCAGGCGGUCUGAACUAUUUGGAAUUUCACAUGGUUUCAGUCAGUAAUCAAAUUCACUGGGGAGCUAGUGGAAUGGCUCAGAGCACAGGAGAACGUGCUCCGUGGACUGGAGAGGAAGCGCAGCACUUAAGAGCACUGCAGUUCUCGCAGGUGGCGGGGUCACACAGCAGCCGAUCAAUGUCUGUAAUCGCAGUUCCGGGGGAUCUGAUACCCUCUUCUGGCCUCAGUCACUAGCACAUGUGCCACACAUGUAUACAUGGAGGCGUUCAUAUAAACACAUACAAUAAAGCCAAAUCUUUAAAAAGGUCA